AUGGUUAAGAAAGGAAAAACGAAGCUGAUUGACAAGCAAGUGCUGUUACAAACGAAGCUGAAGGACAAGCAGUUGUUGCGGAGCUACCAACAACUGCUCAAGGGUGGGUUUUCGGACGAGGCCAUCACCGGUGCGUGGUUAACGAGAGGGAAAAGUCUCGAUGACAUAUUCGACCGCUGGAUUCGACUCGGAAAGUCGGAAAGGCAGGCAGCCAACAACCUGUUGAAGCAAAACAAGACACCAGAUGAUCUCUAUUCAGUCUUUGCCCAACGAGGCAUGAAUUCGGAACAAAUCCAAACGCUCUGGCGCAGCCUCAAACUGGAUGAGGAUAAACUCAUCGCCCUCCAAAAGAAGUUCGUACUGGUAAACUAA